GACAAAACAAACCCACUUUGUCCCUUUUUUUGCUUAUUUCUUUCAUGUUAUUUUGAAACAACUUGAGGCUCUAAAGGCGGGUACAGCAGCUGAGAAGACAACCUCAAAGAACGCGAAAUCUCGGAAACCUUUACGAUAAUCUUCGAUCGUUUUUAGAAGUCUAGAAGAUGGCCGAUGGUGAGGACAUUCAGCCCCUUGUCUGCGAUAAUGGAACUGGAAUGGUUAAGGCUGGAUUUGCUGGGGACGAUGCUCCAAGGGCGGUGUUUCCUAGCAUUGUUGGUCGCCCGCGUCAUACCGGAGUGAUGGUUGGCAUGGGACAGAAAGAUGCAUAUGUUGGGGAUGAGGCUCAAUCUAAGCGUGGUAUUUUGACUUUGAAGUACCCAAUUGAGCAUGGCAUUGUCAGCAAUUGGGAUGACAUGGAGAAAAUUUGGCAUCAUACCUUUUACAAUGAACUUCGUGUUGCUCCAGAGGAGCACCCAGUUCUCCUCACUGAAGCCCCUCUCAACCCAAAGGCCAACCGUGAGAAGAUGACUCAAAUCAUGUUUGAAACCUUCAAUGCACCUGCUAUGUAUGUUGCCAUUCAGGCUGUUCUUUCCCUUUAUGCUAGUGGUCGAACAACUGGUAUUGUGCUUGAUUCUGGAGAUGGUGUCAGCCACACAGUCCCUAUUUACGAGGGAUAUGCUCUUCCACACGCAAUCUUGCGUCUUGAUCUUGCUGGUCGUGACCUCACUGAUGCCCUGAUGAAGAUUUUAACUGAGCGUGGUUACUCAUUCACCACCACAGCUGAACGGGAAAUUGUGAGGGACAUGAAAGAAAAGUUGGCUUACAUUGCCCUUGACUAUGAACAAGAACUAGAAACUGCCAAGACCAGUUCUUCUGUCGAGAAGAGCUAUGAGUUGCCUGAUGGUCAGGUGAUCACCAUCGGGGCUGAGCGAUUCCGGUGCCCAGAAGUCCUUUUCCAGCCAUCCAUGAUUGGGAUGGAAGCUGCUGGUAUCCAUGAAACAACUUACAACUCCAUAAUGAAGUGUGAUGUCGAUAUCAGAAAGGAUUUGUAUGGCAAUAUCGUGCUUAGUGGUGGUACCACCAUGUUCCCCGGUAUUGCUGAUAGAAUGAGCAAAGAGAUCACAGCUUUGGCUCCUAGCAGCAUGAAGAUUAAGGUGGUUGCUCCUCCUGAGAGGAAGUAUAGUGUGUGGAUCGGAGGUUCCAUAUUGGCAUCCCUCAGCACUUUCCAACAGAUGUGGAUUGCCAAAGCUGAAUAUGAUGAAUCUGGGCCUUCAAUUGUGCACAGGAAAUGUUUUUGAGCACGGGCAAGGAAAAGAAAAUUCAUAUUAUCAUUUUCUCUGCUCUGUUAUAGGGAGUAAAAAUGCUUCUUGCAUUUUCAUAUUUUGGUUUCAUCAUCUGUUUUUCUUGUCCCAUCACUUCCCUGUUUGAACAAUAACCUUGAAAGGAUGGAUGAUUGUUGGAAUAUUUUCAGUUAUCAUUUUCUCUUUUCCUAGUGAGGGACAAUUGCCCAACAAACUUGUUGUUAGCAUGUUAAUUCAUGUUAAUCUGUUUUCUUUCUUUGAAUCUCUAUGUUAUUGGUUAGCUACCACCAAUUUUAUGAAUGAA